AGUGAACAGAGCACGGGGCCUGAGCGUCCCUAGUACGGCCUCUGCAUUACGUAACUGCGAAUUUGAGUUGUUCGGGCAAGGCUUGGUUUAUCAGUGUGAAACAGGCUGCUGCAGUCUUUUACUAAUCUAGUUGUGGGCAGACAUUUCCCUUAAGAUAACGAGUGGUUAGCUUAACGUGUUACCAAACUGUAGUCUGACGUAUUUUGCUGACUCUCUACAACGCACAAGGCUCGCUGUGUUUGUAUGGAGCGCGGUUGUGCCGGUCAAAAUGGUAUAACAGCAAAAUGUCCGAGACAGAGCAGCAGUUAAUGGAGACUUCAGAAAACGGCCACGAAGUCACCGAUGAUUUAAACGGAGCCGGCCUCGGUGAAGAGGGUAACGACGACGACGGCGGCGCUGACUGCGGGGAGAGCGCGGAGAUCGACGCGGACGGAAAUUCACAGAACGGCGGCACGGAGGGCGGCCAGAUCGACGCCAGCAAAGGCGAGGAGGAUGCCGGGAAAAUGUUUGUUGGUGGUCUAAGCUGGGACACAAGCAAGAAGGAUCUUAAAGAUUACUUCUCCAAAUUUGGCGAGGUGACAGACUGCACCAUCAAGAUGGACCAGACGACAGGCCGGUCUAGAGGUUUUGGCUUCAUUCUCUUUAAAGAGCCAGCCAGUGUAGACAAGGUUCUUGAACAGAAGGAGCACAAGUUAGAUGGCCGACAGAUUGACCCAAAGAAAGCCAUGGCCAUGAAGAAGGAGCCAGUCAAGAAAAUCUUUGUGGGAGGCCUCAACCCCGAAACCUCGAAGGAAGUCAUCGAGGAGUACUUUGGGACAUUCGGAGAGAUUGAGACCAUUGAACUCCCUCAAGAUCCAAAGACGGAAAAGCGGCGAGGAUUUGUGUUCAUCACAUAUAAAGAAGAGGAUCCUGCCAAGAAAGUUCGGGAGAAAAAAUACCACAAUGUCGGUGGAAGCAAGUGUGAAGUUAAAAUUGCCCAGCCCAAAGAGGUCUACCAGCAGCAGCAGUUUGGCGCACGUGCAUUUGGGGGCCGUGGCAGGAGCCGUGGGGGCCAGAGCCAGAACUGGAAUCAAGGCUACAAUAACUACUGGAACCAGGGAUACAGCCAGAACUAUGGCUAUGGACAAGGCUAUGGAUAUGGCGGCUAUGGCAACUAUGAUUACCCUGCUGGUUAUUACGGCUAUGGGGGUGGCUACGAUUACAACCAGGGCAAUACAAGCUAUGGGAAAACUCCAAGACGUGGAGGCCACCAGAGUAGCUACAAGCCAUACUGAUCACACGUAGUGCAGGUCUAAAGUAAAUAAGAAAAAGAGAUCCAUGGUCUGACCACAGCGAACAUGGGCUCUGGCUUUUCCUUUGGAGUUGGCAGAAAUUUGGACUCAUGCUCCAUUUGUACAGAUCAAGUGAGGAACUGGGGAAGCAAAUGUCACUUUUCCACUUUUUUUAUUUUAUAUUGUUUUGUGUCCAUUUACAUUUCCAGUGAUGGAAGUGUUAUUUUUACUGUACUUUUUGGUACCUUUUUGAAUCUAAUGUAUUGUAUGGUUGUAUUUUUACAUGUCUACUGGAUUUACAGAUGAGCAGGAGCAAGAGCUUGUAAAGCUCACAAAUAAAACAAUUUUUCUUUUUUUUUCUUUUGGUGUUUCUAGAUCUUUAGUUACUUUCUCCCGUGUUGAGAGAUGGAGUUGUGCAUGGCUUCAUAAGUGGGGUGAGGUAAAAAAGGGAUUUAAACUAAUCAAAGGGUUCAUUGUAAGCAUUAUGGAGUGAAUGUUUGCAGAUGGCAAAGUAGACGUAAACAACCAGCAUCUUUUUUUUUUGUCUUUCUUUUUUUUUUCCUUUUGGCUUUUAAGGAGAUUCUUCCCCCUUCAUGUCUGCAAUUUUAAGUGGCUUUACUAGUGUUAUUCAACUGAACGCAAGCCUGUUAAUGUAAGAGGGCACUCCCUCUCUCACUGGAAACUCAUUCCUCUAGUGUCUUGGGCAAAUUGGUAGAAAUAAACUUUUGGUUUAUAUUA